AUGCCCGCGUUUUAUUUGGCCUUCGUGGCUGCGAUCGCUCCAGCCAUCGUCAGCGCCGCCACGCUUGCCGAAGUAUGCACCAUAGCUCACGCACAAGAAGCUCUCCCCGCGACCGGUUUCAUCCCUGGCAUCACAAUCGACACCUCUUCAGUAGAGGCAUCUGUGGUUAGCAACGCAUCCGUCAGCUCCGAAUGGUAUCCGACCAGCAUUAUUGAAUACUGUAAUGUCACCUUCGCCUACUCACAUGACGGCCUUGCCGGCGACAAGGUCCAUGUUACCUAUUGGGUGCCUGCCCCUGAAAACUUCCAGAGCCGUUACGUUUCUACCGGCGGCGGCGGCCUUGCCAUCAACUCCCAGAGCCAAUACAUCCCCACGGGCAUCAUCGUCGGUGCCGUUUCAGGUAUCACCGAUGGCGGUUUCGGGUCUUUCAACACACAAUGGGACGCUGUUUUCCUUGCGGCCAACGGCACGGUCAACUGGCAGUCGGUCUACAUGUUUGGAUACCAGGCACAUAAUGAGUUAGCAACGCUUGGCAAAGAGUUCACCAAGAAAUUCUACAGCCUCGCGGAUGGCCAAAAGAUCUAUUCGUACUACCAGGGUUGUUCCGAAGGAGGUCGCGAGGGAUGGAGCCAGGCUCAGAGGUUUGCGGACCAGUUCGAUGGUCUUGCUAUUGGCGCGCCUGCUUUCAGAUACGGACAGCAGCAAGUCAACCACCUUGCAGCAAACGUCAUGGAGCAGACACGAAACUACUUUCCUCCUUCCUGCGAAUUCGAAAAGAUCCUUAACCUGACUAUCACUGCUUGCGACCCCCUCGAUGGCAAAACCGAUGGCGUUGUUGCACGAUCUGACCUAUGCAAGAGCACGUUCGACUUCAACACGACCGUCGGUCAACCUUACACUUGCACAGCCAAGACCGGUAACAGCGGGCCCGGCGGUUUUGAUGGCCUGGAGCGUCGCCAGAUGCCCACGAACCCAACACCAGCCCAGAACGGCACCGUCACUGCCGAAGCCGCCGCCCUGGUAGCCGAGUACUACGACGGCCUUCUGGACUCUGAGGGCAAGCGGAUUUACCUUAAUUAUCAAACCGGCUCAUCCUUUACUGACGCCAGCACCGCCUUUGACGAGGACACGCAGAGCUGGGGUCUAAGCAUCUCCAGCCUCGGCGGCGAAUGGGUAGCGCGUUAUCUCCAACUCCGCGACACCAGCACGCUCGAGUCCUUGACAAACGUCACCGCUGACACACUACGCGACUGGAUGCUACUCGGCAUGAACAGAUACGCCGACUCCCUACAGACGACGUACCCGGAUCUCAGCGGCAUCCAGGCCGCCGGCGGCAAGAUCCUCCACGUGCACGGCGAGCAAGACGACUCGAUCCCUGCGGGGUCGUCGGUGCAUUAUUACGAAUCCGUCAGGACCGUCAUGUUCCCUGGUCAGGGUCUCAACGAGAGCUCGGCGGCGCUCGACGAGUUUUACAGGCUGUACCUAGUGCCCGGCGGCGCUCACUGCGGAUCCAACACGAACCAGCCCAACGGCGGGUGGCCGCAAACGACGCUGCAGACGGUGAUCGAGUGGGUUGAAAAGGGUAAUGCGCCUGAUACGUUGAACAAUACGGGGGUGGGAAUCGAUACGCUCUGCCGUUGGCCUCUGCGGCCGUUGUGGUCGAAUGACGGCACGGCGUUUGACUGCGUGUAUGACCAAGCCUCCAUUGACAGCUGGAUGUACACGCUUGAUGCCUUUAAGGUUCCGGUCUACUAA